AUUGUGAUGACGAUUGACGACUGAACUGUAUAAGCACCCACAGUUCUUUGUAUUCUCUUCAUUACAGGAUGCAUAUAUUUCUCUACGAAUCUGGGCUUGUGAUCCAUUGUCUCCCAUUCUUGCAAAUCCUGGAACACGCAAAGAUUAGAUCUGACUAGGGAUCCCCGUCAUGAGAACUGGGGGAUUUUAUGAUUCAUAGUUAGAUCUCUGAUCUUCAUAAUAUGGAGAAUGGUGGUUGGAUGGCAUUGAUUUUUGCUUCAGGAUUGUUCUUGGCAUUCAAGGAAGGAGACAAGUUAGCUUAACAAUGACUGGUGAUAGUGAUUUCGAUGGAGGAGAUGUAUCCGGCGGUUGUGGUUCCAUUUAGUUUGGGUAACUUUGUUUGUGAUAACCAAUUCCAUAUGGAUGUCACGAAUCUAAACGCGAUUAGUGAUUCUAAAAGCGAUCUUAGUGUCGUGGUUUCAAGCAUUGCCCGGGAAAGUGAAGACGAUGAUCCGAAUCUGGACACCUCAUCAUGCUCCUUGUCCAUCGUGAGCGAUACUAGUAGUGUGUGCAAUGAUGAUUUGUUGGCUGAGUUGGCGUGUGCUGAUGGGUCCCACGCAAAACUGCCUGUUUUGGAUAAAGGAUCAAGUGGUGGGACUGUGAUCCGGAGUGUGUUUGAAGUGGAUUAUGUCCCGCUUUGGGGGUAUGUAUCCGUAUGUGGAAGGAGGGCAGAAAUGGAAGAUGCGGUUUCAACCGUGCCAAGGUUCUUUAAGGUUCCAUUGGAGAUGCUAAUUGGCAAUCGUAUGGUGGAUGGGGUGAGAGGGCAUUUAAGUCAUUUGACCGCUCAUUUCUUCGGAGUCUAUGAUGGUCAUGGUGGCUCUCAGGUUGCAAAUUACUGUCGUGAUCGAAUUCACGCCGCAUUGGCCGAAGAGCUGAGUAUUGAACUGAGUAACAAAAAUACCGAAAAUGCCCAAGCAUUAUGGAGGAGGGCAUUUGGAAAUUGUUUCAUGAAGGUUGAUGCCGAGGUUGGUGGGCAGGGGAGUGUCGAACCGGUUGCCCCAGAAACUGUGGGGUCCACUGCGGUCGUUGCCCUUGUUUGUUCAUCUCAUAUUAUCGUGGCAAACUGUGGCGAUUCAAGAGCGGUUCUCUGUCGCGGGAAAGAACCUAUGGCAUUAUCUGUGGAUCACAAAGUAACACAAUUUUAUUUCGACUUUAACUUUCCGUUAUGGUUUUCAAGACACAUUAAGAAAUGAAUGAAUGUAGACAUACUCUAUGUCUCCAUUCAUUCAUUUUUUAAUGUAUCAUGAAAGCCUUAAAUGACAGUUA